AUAUAUUUGUAUUAUUUUUUACGCAUGGAGAGAAAGCCCCAGAUUCACUCCAACAAAUAAAAAAAAACAUGUUUUUUUAACUGAGCGACGAAUACAUUUGUUUUUGAGAGAAGCCUGGGCUGCGGCGUCUGGAGGGUUAACUUUCAGUAUUCUCAGCCUAAAAGGGGGCUUUGGGGGCUAUGAGAUAAAGAUGCCGGGGUCGCUGAGUAAUGAAGACGAGGGACAAGACGACAUGGAUUUUGAAGACGAUAUGCCAGAUGAUGAUGACGAAGGUGAGCGCAACACCGUUCCCCUCACACCCCUCGACAGCUUCUUCUCCGAUAGCGACUCCCUCAAACAACAAAAGAAGAAGAAGCCAAAAAAGAUGAAAGAGGGGAAAAUGCCCAAAGUUAAGAAGAGGAAAAAGGAGGGAGGGAUCCAGCCCAGAGUUGACAGCGAUCUGGAGGAGACCUCCGAGGUAGAUGAGGAGCGGGAACGUCCAGAAAUUGGCUCUGAGAGUGAGAGCAGCGCGUACGGGCCGACCAAGAAGAAAAAGAAGAAACCCAAGGAGAAGAAGGAAAAGAAGCCCAGGAAGAAGAAGAGGGAUGAGGAAGACGAGGAGGAUGACGAUGAUGAUGGGAACAUGAAAGAACCCAAAUCCUCCAGCCAGCUAAUGCAGGAGUGGGGUCUGGAAGACGUGCAGUAUGGCUUCACCGAGGAAGACUAUACAACCAUCACCAACUACAAGGCCUUCAGCCAGUUCCUCAGGCCUCUCAUUGCCAAGAAGAACCCGAAGAUUCCGAUGUCGAAGAUGAUGACAGUGUUAGGGGCCAAGUGGCGCGAGUUCAGCGCCAACAACCCAUUCAAAGGGGCAUCUGCCACCGCUGUGGCCGCCGCUGUGGCUGCCGCCGUGGAAACGGUUACCGUGGCACAGCCCACGCCAGUCAGUAGCAGCCAGCCGAGUGCUCAGCCGGGGCCCAUCAAAAAAGCCAAAACCAAAGAGGGAAAGGGACCCGGAGUGAGGAAGAGGAGCAAGUCUGUGAAGGAGCUUAAGAAGAAAGGCAAGCCCAAAAAGACCAAAUCAAAGUCGGGUCAAAGUGUAAAGAAGAAGAAAGCAUCCUCGAGUGAGGAGGACUUCCUGGAGGAGUCCGACUUUGAUGACAUCAGCAUCCACAGUGCCUCGGUGCUUUCUGAUACCUUGGGGCCCGCCACCAAGAAGAAGGCCCGACGUGGGCGGAAAAAAAGGAAAAAGGAAGAUGGGGAUGGCUAUGAGACGGACCAUCAGGACUACUGUGAGGUUUGCCAGCAGGGGGGGGAGAUUAUCCUGUGUGACACCUGCCCCAGAGCGUACCACCUUGUGUGUCUGGACCCGGAGCUGGAGAAGGCCCCUGAGGGCAAAUGGAGCUGUCCACACUGUGAGAAAGAGGGGAUCCAGUGGGAGGCCAAAGACGACGAGGAGGAAGAGGAGGAGCCCAUAGGCGAGGAAGAGGACGACCACAUGGAGUUCUGCAGAGUGUGUAAAGAUGGAGGAGAGCUGCUGUGCUGUGACACAUGCCCAUCGUCCUACCACAUCCACUGCCUGAACCCCCCACUCCCCGAGAUACCCAAUGGGGAGUGGCUGUGUCCACGCUGCAUGUGCCCUCCCCUUAAAGGGAAGGUCCAGAAGAUUCUGCACUGGACAUGGGGUGAGCCCCCGCUGCCUGCAGAGUUGCCUGAGGGCCCUGACGGCACGCCAGCUGAUCCGCUGACCAACCCUCCGCUCAAGGGCCACGCAGAGCGAGAGUUCUUCGUGAAGUGGGCCGGCCUCUCGUACUGGCACUGCUCCUGGGUCAGCGAGCUGCAGUUGGAGCUGUAUCACACGGUCAUGUAUCGAAACUACCAGCGUAAGAACGACAUGGACGAACCUCCGCCGUUUGACUACGGAUCGGGAGAAGAGGAGCUCAACAACGAGAAGAGGAAGAGCAAAGACCCCAAGUACGCUGCGAUGGAGGAACGCUUCUACCGCUACGGCAUUAAACCAGAGUGGAUGGUGAUGCACCGGAUAGUAAACCACAGUUUCGAUAAGGACGGUGAUGUGCAUUACCUGAUCAAGUGGAGAGACCUGCCCUACGACCAGUGCACCUGGGAGGUGGAUGAAUUUGACGUCCCGGAAUAUGAAAUCCACAAAGCUUCUUACUGGGACCACAGGGAGCAAAUACUAGGGGAGGACCAACGCCCCCUAGUGGUGAGGAAAGGAAAGAAACUCAAAGAGGACCAUCAAAAGAGGGAGGUCCCUCCUGAUGCUCCCAUCAUAGAUCCAACCAUCAAGUUUGAGCAUCAGCCAUGGUACAUUAAUGCCACCGGGGGCACGCUGCACCCAUACCAGCUGGAGGGUCUGAACUGGCUGCGGUUCUCCUGGGCUCAGGGCACCGACACCAUCCUGGCUGAUGAGAUGGGGCUAGGGAAGACGGUGCAGACGAUAGUGUUCCUCUACUCACUCUAUAAGGAGGGUCACUCUAAGGGGCCCUUCCUGGUGAGUGCACCCCUCUCCACCAUCAUCAACUGGGAGAGGGAGUUUGAGAUGUGGGCUCCGGAUUUCUACGUGUUGACUUACACCGGAGACAAAGACAGCCGGGCGGUCAUCAGGGAGAACGAGUUCACCUUCGAAGACAGCGCGGUGAAGUCCGGACGCAAGGUGUUCCGCAUGAAGAAAGACACUCCUAUUAAGUUCCACGUGCUGCUGACCUCCUACGAGCUCAUCACUAUCGAUCAGGCCAUCCUGGGCUCCAUCACAUGGGCCUGCCUGGUGGUGGACGAGGCCCACAGACUGAAGAACAACCAAUCAAAGUUUUUCAGAAUCCUCAACGGGUAUAAGAUCUACUACAAGCUGCUGCUCACUGGGACUCCUCUUCAGAACAACCUGGAGGAGCUGUUCCACCUGCUUAACUUCCUCACCCCUGAGCGCUUCAAUAACCUGGAAGGCUUCCUGGAGGAAUUUGCUGAUAUCUCUAAGGAGGACCAGAUCAAGAAGCUCCACGACCUGCUGGGCCCUCACAUGCUCAGGCGGCUGAAAGCUGACGUCUUCAAGAACAUGCCUUCAAAGACAGAGCUGAUCGUCCGAGUGGAGCUCAGCCCCAUGCAGAAGAAAUACUACAAGUUCAUUUUGACGCGAAAUUUCGAGGCUCUGAACUCGAAAGGUGGAGGGAACCAAGUGUCGCUGCUUAACAUUAUGAUGGACCUGAAGAAGUGCUGCAACCAUCCCUACCUGUUUCCAGUAGCUGCUGUGGAAGCUCCUGUUUUACCAAACGGCUCGUAUGAUGGAAACCAACUGGUGAAGUCCUCAGGAAAACUGACGCUGCUUCAGAAAAUGCUGAAGAAACUCAAAGAUGAAGGACACAGAGUUCUCAUUUUCUCUCAGAUGACAAAGAUGUUGGAUCUGCUCGAGGACUUCCUGGAGUUCGAGGGUUAUAAAUAUGAACGUAUAGAUGGAGGAAUUACAGGUGGCCUGAGGCAGGAGGCUAUUGACCGCUUCAAUGCACCCGGCGCGCAGCAGUUCUGCUUCCUGCUUUCAACGCGGGCUGGAGGCCUUGGCAUCAACCUUGCGAGUGCAGACACAGUCAUCAUCUACGACUCGGACUGGAACCCUCACAAUGACAUCCAAGCUUUCAGCAGGGCCCAUCGUAUAGGCCAAAACAGGAAGGUGAUGAUCUAUCGCUUUGUGACGCGCGGCUCAGUGGAGGAGCGGAUCACUCAGGUCGCGAAGAGGAAGAUGAUGCUGACCCACCUGGUGGUACGGCCUGGACUUGGCUCUAAAACUGGAUCCAUGUCCAAACAAGAACUGGACGAUAUCCUCAAGUUUGGCACAGAGGAACUUUUCAAAGAUGAAAUGGAAGCUGCACGAGCCAUGGGUGACAACAAAGAGGGUGAGGAGGGAAAUGUGAUUCACUAUGAUGAUGACGCCAUCUCCAAUCUGUUGGACCGCAGUCAGGACGCCACCGAAGACACAGAGAUUCAGAACAUGAAUGAGUACCUGAGCUCCUUCAAGGUGGCUCAGUAUGUGGUGAAAGAAGAGGAGGGAGAGGAGGAGGUGGAGCGGGAGAUCAUCAAGCAGGAGGAGAACGUUGAUCCGGACUACUGGGAGAAACUCCUCCGUCACCACUACGAGCAGCAGCAGGAGGAUCUGGCCCGCAACCUGGGGAAAGGCAAACGCAUCCGGAAGCAGGUCAACUACAACGAUACGACCCAGGAGGACCAAGAGUGGCAGGAUGAUCUUUCAGACAAUCAGUCGGAGUACUCUGUGGGGUCCGAGGACGAGGACGAAGAUUUCGAGGAGAGGCCUGAAGGAGGACGCAGACACUCUCGUCGGCAGUUGAAGAAUGAGAAAGACAAACCUCUGCCUCCCUUACUGGCACGGGUUGGGGGCAGUAUUGAGGUGCUGGGGUUCAACGCCCGGCAGAGGAAAGCCUUCCUUAACGCCAUCAUGCGUUGGGGCAUGCCCCCUCAGGACGCCUUCAACUCCCAUUGGCUGGUCCGAGACCUGAGAGGGAAGAGCGAGCGUGAGUUCAGGGCCUAUGUGUCUCUGUUCAUGAGACAUCUGUGUGAGCCGGGGGCAGACGGAGCAGAGACGUUUGCUGACGGAGUCCCACGCGAAGGACUGUCUCGUCAGCAUGUUCUCACCAGGAUUGGCGUCAUGUCGCUCGUCAGGAAAAAGGUGCAAGAGUUUGAGCAUGUAAAUGGGAAGCUGAGUUCUCCGGACCUGAUUCCCAUCGGCAUGGAGCUGAAGAAACUGACGGAGAGUUUGUCUUCAGAUCCCAACACGCCUGUUCCCGCCAGCCCUGUGGCUACGCAGCCCGGCACCCCCAUCCCACCAGAGAAGCCUGAUUCUCUCUUGAGUGCUGCGGAAGACAAGGACACCACAGAGCAAGAUUCCAAAAAAGUUCCAGAACAGGAAUCUUCCAGUGCAGAGGCAGCGUCUGUACCUGAGAAGGCGGCUGACAGGGAGGAGAGCAAGGCCAGCUCAGAGGAGAAAACAGGAGAUGAGAGGGACAGAACCGAGUCGCCCUCUGCAAAGACCGAGCCAUCUGCCAACUCCGAGUCUGCUUCCAAACAGUUAGAGCUAUCAGCCAGUCAAACCUCGCCUAAAAUUGAGCCCAGCAAGGAAACAGAAAAGUCCUCAGAAAAAGGAGAGACUGAUUCUCCUCAGGCCAAAACUGAAGACAAAGAAAAUAAGCCAGCUGUGGCAGAUGAUAUGAAGAGUGAAGAUGCAUUAGAGGGUCGUUUAAAUGGAGAUAAAGACACGUUGGAUGAGCUGGAUGAGAGCAGGAAGGAGGAGAAAAAUGGAUACAAAGCCAAGUUCAUGUUCAAUAUCGCUGAUGGAGGUUUUACAGAGUUGCACACCCUCUGGCAGACUGAGGAGCGAGCGGCGCUGUCUUCAGGAAAGAUGCAUGACAUCUGGCACCGUCGCCAUGACUACUGGCUUUUAGCCGGCAUCGUAACACAUGGCUACGCUCGUUGGCAGGACAUCCAGAAUGACCCCCGAUAUGCUAUUCUGAACGAGCCCUUCAAAACCGAGAUGCAUAAGGGCAACUACCUCGAGAUGAAGAACAAGUUCCUCGCACGCCGCUUCAAGCUGUUGGAGCAGGCUCUGGUGAUUGAGGAGCAGCUGAGGCGGGCAGCGUACCUGAACAUGACCCAGGACCCCAGUCACCCGGCCAUGGCCCUCAACACUCGCUUCGCUGAGGUGGAGUGUCUGGCCGAGUCCCACCAGCACCUGUCCAAAGAGUCCCUGGCUGGGAACAAGCCUGCCAACGCCGUGCUGCACAAAGUGCUGAACCAGCUGGAGGAGCUUCUGAGUGACAUGAAGGCUGAUGUGACCCGACUGCCCAACAUGCUGUCCCGCAUCCCGCCAGUGUCGGCCCGCCUUCAGAUGUCUGAGCGGAGCAUCCUGAGCCGCCUCACCAGCCGGGGCAGCGAGCCCCCCCCACAGCAGCCUUUCAGCCAGGGGGGGUUCGGCUGCUCCCAGAUGUACAGCAGCAGCUUUGGGGGAGGCUUCAGAGGACCGGGGGCUCAGGCCAUGGUCAACUACAGCCAGAUGCCUCUGGGACCCUACGUCAGCGUGUCCUCUAAUGGCCCUCCGCCCCCUACAAGCCAUCUGGAUAAGAAGUCACUUGACUCCUUGAGAGACGUGGCCACGCCUGACCUCAAAUCAGGCAAACCGAGUGAUGUCAUCUGCAUAGAGGACUAGGCCAGCUUUUUAAAACUGAUUUGAGGUCAGAAAAACUCCCAGGGAUGGAAUCUGUAUGGAUGACGGCUUCCCAUUUCCUCCCACUUCUCUUUCUCUUUGCUCUUUCCUGACUUACAAUCAACAAAGUCAAGCUCUCUGAUUAAUGCAGAUGUAUCUAUCCUAACAAUUGCACUUUUAUCUUUCAAGGAUCUCAUAGAAGUAGAUAUUUGCUUUUGUUAUUGUGUGCUGGAGAGCUCAAGGAUUAGGAGGGGAAAUGAAGCAGAUAUUUUUUUCCGAAAGAGGAUUUUAAUUUCCUGCCUCGCGCUUCAAGGUGACAUUUGGGACUGAGUUUCUGAUGCUUUUGAUUGAGGCUCAUUCUAAUCUUCAACAUUCUGCUUACGCCAUGAUGCUUUCUCCGCCCACUGUGACUUUGUCCCAACGGAGCUAAUUCCCUGUGAAGAGGAGUGGAGUUGAGGACGACUUUGGUCAUCAUUUGAGAGGGCCAGUAUUGUUAUUUUAAAUGAAUAUGUGUUUUGUCAUUCAUGUAGUAACCAGUGGAUAUUGAUUUGGAAGCAUCAGAAACGAUCAUCAUGUAUGCAGUAGCUGGACACAGUCUGUCUGAAUCCUCUAAAGACUGCCACCCACUGGAAAAAUUCGGAGUAAGUAAUCUCCGCAAAACUCGCAGAUCAACUUGAUUGCAGUACCAGCAAGGGUUUGGCUUCUUGUACUGUACAUACUCAGAGACUGCUGUUUAUUUUACCUCACAUAGGUCUAAUCAUAGUGAAAAUAUGUAUACAGAAGCCUGGCGACAUGAAGAUGGCGCAGAGAAGAAAAAGGUGCAGGAAUGGUUUUUAAAACGCAUUUCAGAGAAGUAUUUCUGUGUAUGGUACAAUAUUUGUGAUUCUUCUUAUAUUUGAAUGUUAGUAGUGGCUGUAGAGCUUAUACCCCGGGGCCAUGACCAGUGGGACUGCACUAUAAACAGGAACUCUUCUGGUCUCAACAUACAGGGCUUUAAUGUUCUGGCCUAACUGAGAGCAGAGUGGAGAGUUUCUUUUUCCCCCUCUUACAUACAUCCCGGGGACUUUCCCAGUUCUCUUUCAGUGUUAGAACAUAAUAAAAACACAUGUGCUGAUAGCAUAAUGUCACUUUAAGUCUAGUAUUUGUCGCAAAACUAGCUUUGCUUCAUUUUACGUUAGAUAAGAUAAGAUGUAUUUGGUGCCAUUAAAGAAGAUAAUGCAGUAUAAUUUUGUUCUUGGAUGCAGUGUAUUUCCUCCACAGAGGUGAAGACCGUACUGUACUGUUACUAAAGAUAAAAAUAUAAACAGUAUAAACCUACAUUAACAGGUAUAGUCCAGCUUCCAUGGACCAAUUUCUCUCAGUCUUCACUUACUGUUUCGUGAGUUGUUUUGGCUUUUUCCCAACUGUACGUUGUUGCCUACUGCUUACAUCCUGUGAAGACACAUUAGCAUGGUAUCGCUACAUAUCUUGUCCAUACUGUUAUGUGCUGAAGUGGCAGUCCACUUAGUGAAACAGUAUUUUAUAAAUUCAAGCGUACUAUAUUUUCUUUCUUUCUACGAAGGUAUUUCUCGAAUGUGGACUUUUUUUCUUUUUUCCAAAGACAAGUGGCAUUACAUACAUGUUUGUAUUAUUACAGCCAUUGAAAGCACUUAUUGAACUUUGUUGGGACGACGAUUGUGAUUGGACUAAUCCAAACUGAAGAGGUAAUGUUGUACAGAGCUGGUGAGUGUAUUUUCUUACUCUUCUUUUUGCAACUUCUUGUCCUGAGGUGCUGUCCCGUUAUCACCUACUUACAGUAUGUUGUGUUACUGGAACCCCUCUAAAAUUCACUUUCAACACAUUCUCGGACAGGAAAUUAACCUUGAAGUGCAUCAUAUGAGUUUUGCACUUUUCUCUGUUGGUGUUUAUCAGUGCUGUUUUGUUCAUGCCAUCUAUAAUCGACCAUGACAUGUAUUAGGUUGCUCGACAGAUAGAACCUCAGAAAAAUGUAAAUACUUGAAAGAUUUUUCAGAGAUAAGUCCAUCUCAUACAGAUUUACGUAUGGUACUGAAAAAAAAAUGAAUGUCUGCUGGAAGGUGUUGCCAUAGAGUGCACCGUAUGUGCUCAUUAAUCGAAAUCAUGUCCUGGAGUGACGAGACCGCGUCAAAAACACGCCACUCCAAUGAAAUGCAAUCAAACUGAAGUCAGUAUGAAUGUAAUGUCUGUUAGAAAAAAAAGGCUUCAGUCUAAUAUUAUAAAUAUGUUAACAAUGUAUGUACAUGCUUAUUAACAUGGCUUCAAAAGCUACCAAAAGACCCUGAUAAAAGGCACCUUUGUUGCAGUGAAUGCACAGCAUGUGAAGCGUUUGAUAUGACGGUUCACUUUGGGGAGGCGUUACCAUAUCUAGCAUUUACAGACAAUGAGCUCCAAGCAGUGUUAAAAGUUCUGAUAUUCGUGCUGUAUAGCAAUUGAAUGAAAAAGUGAAUUGUCAUCUUUUUAUUUGUAUUCUGUGUAUUUGUUCAAUGUGUUUUAAUAAAUCUUCUGGACAACA